UCAUAUAAUAGUUGAAGUAGUGAAUGGCUGCUUUCUCCACUCUCUCUCUCUCCAACUCCUCCCACUUGUUCAAUCCCUCUCUACCUCCAGUUACCUCCCAACAUAUUUUUAUUAUAUAAUCAUAAACUAAACAAAUCAACUCACUUGUUUUUAAUUACCACAUACUUUAUUUCUCCGUUUCCUGUUCUCUUUAAUUUCUUUCAAAUUGUUUAAGUAUGUCUGGAAAUUUGGACUUAGGAGGCUUUAUGCAUCAACUCCACAGGCCUGACCUUCACCUUCAAAUCCCCCCUGAUACCGAAGAUGAUAACAACCGUCGCCAGUUCUCGGGGAACAGCGACGAUUCCCCGCAUCAUCAGGGGGGACUUGAUCUGGCCAACUCGGACUCGGGCAACAUGGUUGCCCGGCGUCCGAGAGGCAGGCCCGCGGGGUCAAAGAACAAGCCGAAACCUCCCGUGAUUAUUACUCGGGAGAGUGCGAAUACUCUUAGGGCUCAUAUUCUUGAAGUGAGCAGCGGAUGUGAUGUUUUCGAAACGGUGGCGAAUUAUGCGAGGAAGAGGCAACGAGGGAUUUGUAUACUCAGUGGGAGCGGAACGGUGAAUAAUGUUAGUUUGAGGCAGCCUGCGGCGGCUGGAUCGGUCUUGACGCUGCAAGGCCGAUUCGAGAUUUUGUCGUUAUCGGGGUCGUUCUUGCCGCCCCCGGCUCCACCGGGGGCGACAAGUUUGACCAUUUACUUAGCCGGUGGACAAGGCCAAGUUGUGGGAGGAAAUGUUGUGGGUGCAUUAAUUGCAUCGAGCCCGGUGAUCGUCAUCGCGGCUUCGUUCACGAACGUGGCUUACGAGAGGCUGCCUCUCGAGGAGGAAGAGCCGAUACCGAUGCAGCCUCAAGUGGGCCAAUCGGGAGGUGGAGGCGGAGGCGGAGGUGGAAGUGGUCCUAAUUUCGGUGAUCAGCCUUUAGGGCUACCCUUUUUCAACCUCCCUCUAAAUAUGCCGAAUGGCCAGCUUCCAAUGGACGGCGGAUGGAGCGGAAACAACCCGAACCGGUCUCCCUACUGAUGGGUUAUUUAAAAACUGAGGUCAGAGUUAUCCAUAGAUCAUUAUCUCAUCUUGUACAAUUUCUAUUAUGAUGGAUCAUGUUUAAUUAACUUAUUAGGUUUUAUCAUGUGAAAAUUUGAGGAUCUUGUUGUGGUUGUUGUUGUGAUGUUGUUAACUGUUCUAGUACUCAUGAGUAGUACUUUAAAUUAUUAUUAUUAGAAAUGUUUGAGGUUUAUCUUUUGAGAACA